CAGGCGCAUUUCUCAACGCUGCGCUCCUAUACCUGUCGACUGGAACCAAAUCGGUGCGUUAAAGGACUAAAACGACAUUAAAGCGGCAAGAAACGCCGCAGAAAGUAAAUUAUCGCGUGUCUUUCAACAUGUAAUGGACUAAUACUUCUUUAGAUUUGAAGAUAAACUACAACCGGAAAGAGAAGAAUUCCAGAGAAGACGUAUUUGACUGCCAGCCAAGGACAUGGACUGGAAGACCUUCCAAGCCCUCCUCAGUGGGGUGAACAAAUACUCUACGGCGUUCGGGCGGGUAUGGCUGUCCGUGGUGUUUGUGUUCAGGGUCAUGGUGUACGUGGUGGCGGCGGAGCGAGUGUGGGGCGACGAGCAGAAAGACUUUGACUGUAACACCAAACAGCCCGGCUGCGCCAACGUCUGCUACGACCACUUCUUCCCCAUCUCCCACAUCCGCCUGUGGGCCCUACAGCUCAUCUUCAUAACCUGCCCGUCCUUCAUGGUGGUCAUGCACGUGGCGUACCGUGACGACCGCGAGCGCAAGUACAAGAUGAAGCAUGGAGACAACUCUAAGUUGUACACCAACACGGGCAAGAAGCAUGGCGGCUUGUGGUGGACCUAUCUGAUCAGCCUCUUCGUAAAGACGGGCAUUGAGGUCGCAUUCCUCUACAUCCUCCACCACAUCUACGACAGUUUCUACCUGCCGAGACUGGUCAAGUGCAGCGGGGCGCCUUGCCCCAACCUGGUGGACUGCUACAUCGGCCACCCCACUGAGAAGAAGGUCUUCACCUACUUCAUGGUCGGAGCUUCGGGUCUCUGCAUCGUCCUGAACAUCUGCGAGAUAAUCUAUCUCAUCUCCAAACGCUUUGUACGAAUCGGCAACAAGCUCAAGAGGCGCCAUCGCAACACGGAUGUGGAACCGACGGAACCGCGCCAUAGCAACACGGCUGUGGAACCGCGCCAUAGCAACACGGCUGUGCAACAAGACGACUACAUCAACAAGGAUCCCUUUAACAACAGCUAUGUGAUGAUGCCGGUGAAGGACCGGAAGGAUAAGCCUCCAUCCUUUAAUAGUGCGCUCAAAUCCUCACACGGGCCAUCUCUACUCAAACUGGAGGAGAAGAUCCGGGCCUCUGCUCCUAAUCUGUCGUCUUCUUCAUGAAGAAAGCAGGCUGAAGCGUAAGAGAUCAGCAGUGCUUUGGUUAGAAUCCAAUGACAAAACCUAAAAAAAACAGACUCAGAACUAUGAGCCAAACUUCACUAUGUCAGACCCUGGAAGCCAUGAGUCAUCAGUCCUGUGGGCCCCUGUGUCCACAUCUAAGACUCCUUUUGAGUGCAUGAACUUUGGUUUCCAAGUCAACAUCCACAAUAUGUACAAGUCGGCCAAAUUGAUUUGUUAAUGAUAUGUGGGUUUUCUUUUUUUUGAAUACAAUACAAGUCUGUGUGCCUUCUCAACUUCACCCCUUCACCCGUAUUCUAACAUUCCUCGGAGGUUUCUGUCUUUCUUGUGAUUUGAGUUUUGACGCAUGAGGGGAAGGAAAUGCAACACUCACACAAGGAGGCAGGACACACCUGGCAGAGGUAUUCACCCUCCCUGCCUGCCAGUGGUGUGUCAGGGCACUGAAUGUUAGAUGCACAUUUCUGUGAUCUCUUUUAUUUAACUGAACAAUAGCUUUAUCUUCACCAUUUGUUGUCCUGAUGACAUUAAAGAAUGGUAAACAAUUCUGCAUUGGAAGUGUGGACACUCCAAAGUCAUAGUAAUGGCUGAGUAAUACUUGAAGGUGUGCAAACUGGCCAAAACAAAUGAGGUUUUACUGCAUUUAUUUUCUUAGAUAAGUGAUAAAAACGCAUAUAUUGUUAGUAUUUUUCUUUUUCUAGAGCCUCUGCUGACAUAUGCUUGGUCUCAGGUCUAUGCGGCACGGUCACACGCUGUACAUAGACAGCCUGUGUUUUGACGUGCUUGUACACAAACUUGCCUCAUCCAAGACCACUGUUGAUUUGAAUAAGGCGAAAGGAAUGCUGCUGUUUAAUUCUGUUGGUAGAACUGGAGCACAGAGGAGGAGGAGGUGGAAGGAAGGUUGGCUCAUUGAACUAUUAACGUAUUUUGCGAGUCCCUACUCAUCCACUGUGGACGUCAGGGGGAAAUUUAUUUUAUGCACUGUAAAAAUGUUUUUUAACGAAACUAAAUAU